ACACCGCUGAACGCGUUCAGUCCUCAGCUAAAGCCGCUUCGGUUGUGUCCAGAGAGAGUUUGUGGAGAACUGAAGUUGGUUCUAACAGAAGUUACGGUUCUUGUGACGCAACGCGAACGGGAUGGCCGCGAAGAACAGAAACAAGAGCAGCUCGCAGCCCGGUAAUAACGAGAAGACGCCCGCCAGCGCGCAGACCAGUGACGCGCCGAGGACCCGGAGCGCGCAGACCGUUGACGCGCCGCGCUCGUCCGCGCUCCUCAGGCUCGUGUCCGCGCUGAGUUACCUGGGCUUCGUGGCGGGCACCGUGGCCGUGUCCGUGUUCUUCUACCAGGAGCUGUCCCACAUCAAACACACGAGCUCCAGACACGAGGAGUGCGUGCAGAGGAGCGCAGACGCGCAGCAGCAGAUCAGGUCAAUGCAGGCGUCUCUGGAGGCUCUGGAGAGUGCGGUGCUCAGCGUCAGGACUGAUCUGGAGCACACCGACCGAGCCGCACAGGAGGGAGAGGACCACGCCCGGCGGCUGGACGACUCGCUCCACAAGCUCCAGAGCCAGAUCUCCCAGCAGCUGACGCAGACCGUCCGGGAGCUGAAGGAGGCGCGGGAGCAGGACGCCUCGUCCCUGGAGGAGCGUCUGUCCCAGCUGAGCCGCUCCACGGCCGAGGCCUCCGUCCAGCAGAGUCAGCUCCAGAGCCAGCUGCAGGAGCUCAGGGCUCGUCUGGAGCAGCGGGACGCUCCGGCGCUCCUCAAGCAGGAGCUGGAGACCCUCAGCAGCGCCGUGGCCACGCUCCAGACCGCCAGCGAGGUGUCCGAGGGGAACGCGGCCGUGCUGCGCGAGCAGAUCGCAGCGGUGAGCGCCGAGCAGCAGACCAGGAACAGGGAGGUGGCGUCCGUGUCCGAGGACGUGGAGGCCGUGAGGACGCUGCUGCAGAGCACCGCAGGGAGCCUGAGGAACGAGGUGUCUGCGGCUCGAGCCGGCGCUCAGAGCGCCUCGGACCUGACCCAGAGCCUGAGCGAGCGGCUGGAGCAGACCAGCACUGCCCUCCAGAGCCUGGAGACACACACCAGAGACCAGCUGCUGCAGCUGGACAAGCACCGGGAGGACGCCGAGCUCCGGCUCAAGAGUGUGGAGGAGAGCCAGGAGGGCAUGCAGACCUCGCUGACGGAGCAGAACAACAGACUGAACGCUCUCGCAGACCAGCACGAGUCCCAGAAGAGCUCGCUGGGAGAGUACAAGACCAGCACAGAGACAGAGAGCCAGGCGCUCCGAGACGGACUGGACGACCUGAGGAGACGCCUGGACGAGCUGCAGACGCUGGUAUCUGAACCAGACGCCGCUCAAGAGGAAGAGCCAGUCGAUGAACUCUAGAUCUCAGUCAGUGAGUCUGAGACGAGCUGCUCCACACAUAACUGCACUUGUGUUCACAGCCACGGGCCGAUCAGUCAUUCUCUCUCUGAACCCAUCACCAAUGUAGAGAUGUUUACAAUAAAAUCAUUCCACACUAGUG